CACAACAAAACUCACGAGCCGAGGAAGCGCCAAGGUAGUGAUAGUGUUGCGGUCGAAGAUUGCCGUGAUUGAAGCGCGCGGAAUUCCACGAAUGAUGUCCUCGCAGUCAUUCUUCCUGUCCGUGGCGCUGUCAUGUCUACCGUUUCUGGUGCUUCUGAUUGCUCCACCGUGUGACGGCCAACAGUACCCAGGCGACACGUGCUACCUCGGAAACAAUCCCGGCGUUUGCACGCUUCUACGGCAAUGUCGACCGGUUUACGAGGAACUGCUCAAAGGAAAUCCACCGACCACAGUGUGCAGUUAUUCUGGUUUCGAUCCGGUCGUUUGCUGUCCAAGCGGCGGACCAACCACCCCAAAGCGUACCACAACGACCACCACCACAACUGCACGCUCUGUUCCUCGACCUGGGACCAACACUAGAGGAGCUAUCGCGAGAGCGAAAUGCGAGGAGUACUCGAGAUCGGUGUUCCAGCUGGUUGUACCGCCGAUCCUGGCGGGCAAUCGGCAGCCGGUGAAUAUAUCCGUUUGCGCGAUCAAAUCACGCAAGCUGAUUGUCGGCGGAACAAAAGCCGAUCCGAAGGAAUACCCGCAUAUGGCCGCGGUCGGAUACAGCACCGGUGGUACAGGCAUCGCAUGGAGCUGCGGUGGCACGUUGAUCUCCGAGAGAUUCGUUUUAACUGCUGCGCAUUGUCUUUACAGUAAAGGCUUAGGUGUCGUCGCCUCCUGGGUACGAUUGGGAGACCUAAAUCUUGAACGACAGGACGACGACGCGAGGCCACAGAAUGUCAGGAUCGCCGAGAGAAUAAAAUAUCCCGAUUACGUUAGCUCUUCCGGCUAUCACGAUAUCGCGCUUCUCAGGCUGGAGACGAACGUGCGAUUCGACGCGUGGGUGAGACCGGCUUGUUUGGCGUACUCGUUACCGGACGUUGGCACCGACAACAUGGCGACCGCGACCGGAUGGGGUGUCGUCGACUGGGGGGACGAUGAAGGCUCGAACGAUUUGCUGAAAGUGACGAUCAGCUUGAUCUCGCAGCCAGUGUGCAAUCGGAGCUUCCCCAACGACGACAGAAUCAGUCGUGGUAUCGUGGACGAAUGGCAGAUAUGCGCCGGUGAAGUAGGAAAGGACACCUGUCAGGGUGAUAGCGGCGGACCACUGGUGAUCCUGAACGGUGACUACUACUGCAUGUAUUCUGUGAUAGGCGUGACGAGCUGA